AAUCAAUAAUUCAAUACAAAAAAUCAAACUCCAUUAAGGGCAACAAGCCAUGUAAAAGCAACCAACAAACUUUUUUUUUUUUUUUUUUUUUUACACGGUAAGAUAUGGAGAUGUUCCUCAUAUCACAAGAGGGGUGAGGUGAGGAUCGAAUCCAAGUUACUCCUGGGGGAGAUGGAGGGAUUCCACUCCUUGAUCCUCCAAGCAACUAACAAACAUACUUGAUACUUACGGCAAGUGAAACAACUAGUAUGUCUGCCAUUUGUGAUUUGUCCAUGAAAUUAAUUGUUGUGUGCAUUUGCAUUGUAGUGUUUGGACCCACCAAGCAAAAAUUGCAAAAAUGAUGUCCAACACUGAGAGUCUUUAAUUGGGCCAAAACACUUAUUUGGAAUGCAAUUAUAUAUAGCAUAAUAGCAAUACCAAUCUCUCGGAUUAGCCCCAUCCACCACUUACUAGCCUAAGUCUAAAAUUCUCUUCAAAAUCUCCCUCAAUAUGCUAGCUAAGCCUUACCACUUAAUUAAUCCGACUUUUUUUCGGACACCAGAAAACUUUGUACCACCACGUACAAUACAAUUCCGACGUAAUGCCACCACUAUCCAACCUAUACCCAUUUCCCUACCCAAUAGCCGGGUUUCAACCCAAGAAAUUAUCGACGAGAAGAUUGUGGCAUUUUGGGACUACCAAUUUUUGUUCAUGUCACAAAGGUUGGAAGUACCAAAUCCUAUCAAACUUAAACUCAUUGAAGGUGCAUUACCAAAAGACUUCCCAUUAGGUACAUACUACCUUACCGGGCCGGGCCUCUUCAUUGAUGAUUAUGGAUCAAAUAUCCACCCGCUUGAUGGUCACGGGUACUUAAGGGCCUUUGAAAUUAAUGGGCCGAAGGGAGAAGUGAGAUUCUCAGCUAAGUAUGUUAAAACUAAGGCCCAAAUGGAAGAAUGUGAUCCAAUAAGUGGGUCUUGGAGGUUCACUCAUAGAGGCCCAUUUUCUGUGUUGAAAAAUACUAAGGUGAUGAAAAAUGUGGCCCUUCUCACCGGAGAUUCUUGCCGGAAUUUUAAAAGUGAGUUUGAUCCAAACUUCAAAUUAUUGCAGAAGAAAGAAUUCAACAUUUCCGGUCAUUCAAUGAUUCAUGACUGGGCUUUUACCAAUACACAUUACAUAUUGUUCACUAAUCGCGUAAAAUUGGACGUAUUAGGAACAAUGGCAGCCAUAUCUGGAAAAGCACCAAUGAUAUCAGCUCUUUCAGUGAACCAUAGCAAGCCAACAUCUUCCAUUUACCUUCUUCCUAGAUUUACCAACAAUACAACCAACUGUAAUUCUGAUGAAUACUGGAGAAAACCUAUUGAAGCUCCACAACUGUGGCUAUUACAUGUUGCUAAUGCAUUCGAGAACGUCGAUGAUGAUGGAAGCCUUAGGAUUCAAAUCCAUGCUACUGCUUGUGCUUAUAAGUGGUUCAACUUUCAAAAGAUGUUUGGAUACAAUUGGCAAAAUGACAAAUUAGACCCUUCAAUGAUGAACUGUAAAGAAGGGAAGGAGCAACGUUUGCCUCAACUCAUUGAGGUGACAAUCAAAUUAGAUAAGAAUAGAAAACAUCGAGAAUGUUCAAUAACACGUUUAAACAAUCGCGCAAAAUCUUCAGAUUUUCCUAUGAUUAAUCCGGAAUGUUGUGGUUACAAACAUAGAUUUGUGUAUGCAGCAGCUUCUUGUGGUUCACAUCAAACAUUAUCACAUUUUCCCUUUGAAACAAUACUCAAACUUGAUAAUUUAACUAAAAAAGUAUGUACGUGGUCUCCUGGUAUUCGUCGAUUUGUUGGGGAGCCAAUGUUUGUUAACAAAGGAUCGUUUGGUGAUGAAGACAAUGGAUAUCUUCUAGUAGUAGAGUAUGUUGUCUCACGGCGAAUGUGUAAUUUAGUGAUCUUGGAUGCAAAACGGAUUGGUGAUGCAAGAGCAGUUAUUGCAAAAUUUGAAGUUCCAAAAUCGUUGACUUUUCCUUUAGGCUUUCAUGGUGCUUGGACUCUUAAACAAUGAUCUAGAUUGGAAGCAAGAUAGGGGGGAUAAGAAUUUUGAACAGCUUUUUUUUUUUUUUUUUGGAAGGUAUGUAUGGGCUUUGGGUGUGAUUUGCUUAUUUCAUGUAUAUUGCUCAUGUAAAUAUGAUACACUUGUAUGUUGUACUCCAUAAGUAGUAUUCAUUAAUAGAUUAUUUACAAUCUCAUAAAUUUUUAUUUGACGAUUUUUAAAACAUUACCAAAAAUACUCUUAUUUCAACGGUAAAAAGAGACAUUUCCAUAAUUUUUUUUUGCCACCUAUUAGUUUA